AUGACGAUCUUUCGAUCCUUUUAUACCGGUAUCAUUUUCCUUUUGGCUUUACAAUGGUCAAAUGCUUUUCCUAUUUCCAAAGUCACCAAUCAUUCGAUUGAAUUGACUUCAUGUGAGUUAUGCAAUCUUUUACUACCUAUUGCGAAAGUUCUUGUUGCGAAAAAUGAAUCGUCAUUAAUUGAAAAGUUGGGUAUAGUACUAUGUCAAAGUCUACAUCUUGCUGAUGAUGCAGUAUGUUCAGGCAUGAUCAAUGAAUACAAUUCUGUACUCAUUGAAAUUCUUCGUUAUAGUCCAUUAUCAACAUAUGAGAUUUGUGGUGUAGCUUUUGGUUGUGUCCCACAAGCUGAUAUUCCUGCACUUCAAUGGAAUGUUACUAUUCCGCCACCAACCAAAUCACUAAUCUUGUCUAAUAAUGAUUUAUUUUCGAGAUCUACUUUCUCAGUUCUUCAUCUAGCUGAUCUACAUAUUGAUAUAGAAUAUAAACCUGGUUCAAAUGCUAAUUGCGGUCGCCCAUUGUGCUGUCGUGAUGGAAUGCCAAAACCGAGCGAAAUAGGUGCAGGAUUUUGGGGCGAUUAUCGUACAUGUGAUAUACCACAAUGGACAGCGGAAAAUAUGUUAAAAUAUAUUGUUCAAAAUGAAGAACAAAUUGAUUUUAUUUAUUUUACCGGUGAUAUUGCACCACAUGAUGUAUGGCAACAAACUCAAGAUAAAGAUCUCGAAGAAAUUUCUUUUACUACUCGUUUAUUAAAGCAAACAUUUCCUGAGAAAAAAAUCUAUCCCUGUGUAGGUAAUCAUGAAACAGCACCACCUGGUCUUUUUCCAACAGUUAAUAUAUCAUGGCUUUAUUCGACAUUAGCUUUUCAAUGGAUUAAUCAAUUUGGACUUGACGAACAAACAAGAGAUACUAUCCUUAAAGGAGGUUACUAUACUACAAUAAUUGCACCAAAAUUUCGUUUGAUUUCAUUAAAUAUGAAUUAUUGUAGCGAAGACAAUUAUUGGCUUUUCAUUAAUUCAACAGAUCCUCUAGGUCAAUUACAAUGGUUGAUUCAAUGGCUUCAAUAUGCUGAAGAACAUCAAGAAAAAGUUCAUAUUAUUGGACAUCAACCACCACGAAUGUGUAUGGUAUCAUUUAGUUGGGCUUAUUAUAGCAUCAUUAAUCGCUAUCAAAAGACGAUAACUGGUCAAUUUUUUGCUCAUACGCAUUUUGAUGAAUUUAUGCUUUUCUAUAAUGAAACAGAUUCUAAACAAGCAAUUUCGGUCGCUUAUAUAGCACCUUCAUUUACAACUUAUCCAAAUGUGAAUCCAGGCUAUCGAAUGUUUACAAUUGAUGUAUGUUUUUAG